GUAGCCUUGAAAAACGCCGCUCGAUAUAAACACGUGAUGGCGUUUAGGUCACUGACAGAAAGCUUCACGUUUAUGAGAAAUAAUGCAUUCCAAAACAGAAGUUUCUAUCGUGACGAUAAAUCUGAUCAAGAAUCAUUGGUAUCCAAAUCUAAACAUAAAGCUCCUGACAAUAACUCCACCAAAAAGUUACGUAAUGAAUGGCAAACCGCAGUAAAUUCACUUCAAUAUACGUUCAGCACGAUACGACAAAAAAUGAAAGAAGUUAUUGCUCUUCAUGAUAGACAUCUCAUGGCUUCGAAUUUGGAUGAUAAUUUAAAUGAAGAUCAGGAAAUAGAGUUUCAAACUAAAGAACUUACUCAGUUGUUUAAUCUAUCGCAUAGCCAACUUGGCCAGUUAUCAAAAUUGAAACGUUCCUCAGCUAUAUGGCAACAGUCGCAAGAAGCCAAGUUGGCAGAAAACAUUGUUUGCAAUCUGGCGCGAACUCUCCAAGAUCUGUCAGUGAUAUUUCGAAAGGCUCAAUCAGAAUACCUAAAUAAACUUCGAUCCAGAGAUGAACGAAUACGUAGUUACUUAAAUAUAGAUUUAAAUAUAGGAGAUACAUCAUCAUCACCAUCAAACAACGUGGUAAAUGAGUUUGAUGAUGGUGAUUAUGCUGUUUGGGAAUCACAAAAACAAAGACGGAGUUUAUUACUUACAGAAAAUACAAAUAUGGUUGUACAACGUGAACAAGAAAUUCACCAGAUUGUUCAGUCUAUUCAUGAAUUGAACGAAAUUUUUCGCGAUGUUGCACAAAUGGUUGUGGAUCAAGUAAGUACUUUAAACAUUUUCGGAUCAACUUACUAUGUGGUUCAAAACACGUAGACUAAAUUUACAUUAGUAAGGUUUUCAUGAUCGUUGUUUUAAGAAAAUGGGAACAAAAUGCCUAAAAGCAACCAAACAGAAGUUGUAAACAGUGUUCUAUAGCAAAACAGACCAUAAGAUGUAACACCAUGUAUAGAAACUUCUAAGGAAGAAUGAUAUUUAGCGCCUUACAAUCUUCCACGUGAUCAUGGUGUUGUUUUCAUCAUAAUUAGCUCAUUAACGAUUGGAUGAUAUCUGUCUUGUUUUCGAAGAAUAUAUAAAUAUGUCCAGCAAAAAUAUUUUCAGGUUAUAUUCAGUAUGGUAAAUACGAAUAUUGUUAAGUGUGGCUAGCGAAAAAACAAACCGGUUCAAUAUGAUCAAAAGAUUAGCUACUGUGUCAAUCAAUAAGGUCCAAGCAAGAAAAUUGGGUAUUAAAAAAGGACUACUUGUAAGUAAUAUAGUUAGAUUAAAUGAAAUUCACUCGCGAUACAAAUGUCUGUCUUGCUCUUCUAUGUAUUUGAAAACAUCAUAAAUACAAUACGAUCUUGGAGAAUUGGUAAAACAGAGAGUUUGUUAUAAAUAUGAUGAUAUUGUAUCAGAAGAAGUAUGAACUUUUUCUCUCGAAAUUGUAUUGUGUUAUGCUUAUUCAUUGACAGUUAAUUUUCUGCCUGAUGUUAAAGUUUGUUUCUAAACUAUUUAACUUACUAAAAAUAUUAAGAACCAAUGUAAACUAACCAAAGCCUUUUAAAAAAUAUAUUGUACAUAUGACAUGUCUUAAUUGUCUUUCAUAAAUUAAAUAAUCUAAUGUGCUUAAAAUGUUUCUCGGUUUCAGAAACUUUAAAAUUUUUUUAGUAUUCCAAGAUUAGUUAUUGCACGCCUUGUAAUGGUUUCCGGUGAAUGAUUCGACUCGGGUUAUAAAAACCUUACAAGACUGUACGUGUUUCCUACAAGAUGUAAGAGAAGGGUUUCGAUCCCAACGGUAACCCAAUAAUGAUAACCUUUGCGCUUUCUAACCAUUCGUAUAGACAGUAUCCUUUGCAAAAAAUCUUCCCUAGUGGUUAGGUCGUAUUUCAUGAGGGACCUCAUAAACGCUCUUAGUUAUCCCCUAGGUCACAUCAAGUACCUUCAACUAGCGAUUAGCAUUACUGACACAAUCCGCAUCAAGGGCAGGUGCAUCUUAUAAUUUCUGUAUCAUGUCAUGCCCACCAUCUUGUUGCACAGCAAAUAUGUUUAUCACAUAGUUUGGUUGUAGCUAGUACAAGAAUUCAAGACUGGUUGAAGUCCAUAUAAACUUAUCAACGAAGGGAUAAUUCCAAUUCCUUCCUGCUAAUUAUAUAGAUUUGUUUAUUAAUUUCUAGCAUCUUGAGAAGGAAAUAUAAAAAAGUUUUACUUAGCUCUCAACAAGGCACAAACUAUUCGUCAUCGGGUUUCAAACUUUGCUAAAAAACUCAAGAUCUACCAUUUUCAAUAUGAUUGGUUCGUCCGUAAAUUGUAGUUUUACAGAAAAGAAGUUCCGGACGAACCAAAUGUUGUCAUAAAAUAGUUAUUAAUCCUAAUUACCGUAAAGCGAUAUUAUUGCACAAACGUUACAACUUAUCACUUCAUAUUAUUAAACACUAGAAGGCUAGAGUAGUAAGUUCUCAUAGAUCCCGUAUAAAAAUGAGCGUUCAUUAAAUGCAACGACAUAUGUCACUUUAAUCAUUGGAGGAGAAAAAAAAACAAAAACUGGGGUCCAAGUACAUCCAGCUGACGUGUCACAAGUAUGACGAGACUUUCGUGAACUGUUUGCAGUUAAUCAAUGAAUUAGAUAUUUUGACAACAGUCCUUAAAUUUGUAUUAUAUCAAGCGUAAGCUGUGUCAUAAAAUGUUACACUCAAUGUAUUUGGAUGAUAUGAUACAUUUUUCUAGGGGACAUUAGUGGAUCGUAUCGAUUAUAAUGUGGAACAUACUCAAAUUCGAGUUGAAGAGGGUUUGAAGCAUUUAACGAAAGCACAAAGUCACCAAUCGAAGGAUCGUAAGAUGAUUAUUAUUCUUGUAUUGGCUGGAUUGGUCGUUAUAUUCGGUGUUCUACUGAUUGUUACCAAAUUUCGAUAAUUCACCACAGAUUAUUCUGACCACUUAUGAGACGACCGCCAUCUUUACAGUCUUGCUCUAAAUCAUUAUUUAACAUGAAUACAUAUGUGAUAAAAAGUUGUUUUGUUAAGUCAUUCGUCUUUCAUACUUCGUUAUGACCAAAUUUUUAAAUGUUUCAUAUACUACUAAACCAACUUGGUAUUAGUAGCAUCAAUAUGGGAUAACUUGAAUUAAGGUGUUGUUAAUAGUUCUUCACUUUUAACUUGGAUGUCUAGGAAAUUUCCAUGUUGUUUCAACAUCAUUUUUUGUAAAUAUGUGAUAAUUUGUUGUAUUAUUUAAUUCCGAAACUGACUUUAACCCUUUCCAUCAAUUUUGCAUACUCUUUUUCUUGUAUCACCAGUUUAAGGAAAGCAUUAAAUUACAUUCCUUCAUCACUGUUUCUCAUAUUGUUUAUUUUAUGACGCUUACUGUUAUACUUGUGAUACUGAAUGAUUGUUUUAAAUUCCUGUAUUAUUUCUUUUCGUGAGUUUUUCGUCGGUUUUCGUAUUACUAUUCAUUUAUACACUGAUGAUGAAGUUUAUAUUGAAACUUUACUUAAUGUAAAUAUAUCAAGAAAUAUGUGUAUGAAACAGAAUUGUAUGAUUUACUUUCUCUACAGCUGUUUAAAAACAGAUUUUCACUCAAAUCAUGUUACGUAUUAAUUAAUCUACAAUAUUUAGGGAACUGAAUACAAUAGGAGUACUUUGUAUUUCCACAAAGUCAAACGGAAGUAACCGAUGCAGCUCUAUCCGGCGGUGAUAUAGUGUUAAAUCCAUGAGUUUUUAUAAAGACACUUUAGGUAUACUUGUGAACUAACCACUAAGAAUAUGAUUUCUAAAGGCACCACAUAGGAUUCAAAUGUGCGUGUGAAAUUUGAAGAAUUUAAAAUUAUACAAACCUAAAAGUCCUGUAUUCAUUUAUCCUAAUUGAAUAUUGCAUUUCCCGACCGUUGAUAUAAUUAAUGUUUGAUUCACGACCUUGUAUUUAAGUUUGUUUAAUAUGAUAGAACCAAAACUGUCAUUUUAGUGGUGUUCAUGUACAUCAUCAUAAUUUAUGAGAAAUUAUUCAGGCAAAUACUGUAGCUUAAUCCAUUCAUAUUGAAGCGUAAAUCUUUUACAGAUGAAUAAUUGUGCUGUUUUGUUUCAUUAAUUCUAAACCACAGUUAUUGUGUCAAAGUAGAAGAUAUUGCGCAAAUCGAAGAAGGCAAGGAUAAUAUUGAAAUAUGUAGCCCAAAUAUUUAAAAAUUAAGUCCUUAUACCAAUGAAACUAGUGUUAAUCCAUUUGAUGAACUAGUUGACAGGCCUUGCUUGUACGUGAAAUCAUAAACAUUUCAUGUAAACUUUUGUGCAUUUUCAGAAAGUCUGUUUAUUAACAAUCACGUUGCAAAGCUACUAUAACCAUUUAUUCUCUGACUAAUAUUU